AUGAUUCCUCUUGUAAACUUGUGGAACCUUCGUGAAUAUGGCUCCAAGAUCACUGUACCAACAUAUGAGGCGCUUGAAGGCGUGUGUAAGUCCUCGGAUGUUACUGUCAGCUCAGAUGAGGAAGACUUGAAAAGAGGCUUCACUGCAGUUGUGAUGUUGCCUGCAGAUCAGGGGUUGCUCUGUGUCACUGCUGACCAGCAGUUUCUUUAUUAUUCCCUGACAGAACAUCCUGAAGGUUGUUUGAAGUUAAUCCUAAGCAAAAGGUUUGUUGGAUACAACGAGGAAAUUGCCGAUAUGAAAUUUUUGGGCGAUGAAGAACAAUUCCUUGCCGUUGCUACAAGUGUUGAACACGUACGCGUGUAUGAUCUUGCAUCCAUGUCAUGUUCCUAUGUAUUGGCAGGUCAUACCGUGAUUGUUCUAUGCCUUGAUACAUGCGUAACAAGAUCUGGAAGAACACGUAUUGCGACAGGAAGCAAAGACAAUAGUGUUAGGUUAUGGGACUCCGAGAGCAAAAGUUGCAUUGGGGUUGGCAUAGGUCAUACCGGAGCUAUUGGAGCUAUUGCUUUUUCAAAGAGCAAGCGGAACUUCUUUGUUAGUGGUAGUAGUGACCGUACCCUCAAAGUGUGGAGUUUAGAUAGUCUUGCUGAUGAUGCGGAAGAAGCUUCUAAUUUGAAAGCAAAAGCAGUUGUAGCAGCCCAUGAUAAGGAUAUAAAUUCUUUGGCUGUUGCACCAAAUGACAGUCUUGUAUGUAGUGGUUCCCAGGACCGCACUGCAUGCUUAUGGCCUCUUCCAGAUCUAGUAUUUUUGGUGGCACUUAAAGGACACAAAAGGGGGAUCUGGUCUGUAGAGUUUUCUCCUGUUGAUCAAUGUGUUAUAACAGCAUCUGGAGAUAAGACAAUAAAGAUAUGGGCUAUAUCUGAUGGUUCAUGUCUAAAGACAUUUGAAGGGCACACAUCAAGUGUUACUAGGGCAUCAUUCAUUACUCGUGGGACUCAGUUUGUUUCAUGUGGUGGUGAUGGUUUGGUGAAGCUGUGGACAGUUAAAACUAAUGAAUGCAUUGCAACAUAUGAUCAACAUGAGGACAAGAUUUGGGCAUUAGCUAUAGGGAGGAAGACAGAAAUGCUUGCAACUGGAGGCACCGAUGCAGUGAUUAAUUUAUGGCAUGACUCUACAGCUUCUGAGAAAGAUGAAGCUUUUCGUAAAGAAGAGGAAGGUGUUUUAAAAGGUCAAGAGCUAGAAAAUGCUGUAUCAAAUGCAGAUUACACCAAAGCAGUCCAAAUUGCCUUUGAGCUACGCAGGCCUCAUAAGCUGUUGGAGUUAUUUGGAGACAUUAGCCGAAGAGACAUGCUGAAGGUCAGAUUGAGAAAGCUUUUCAUGCUCUUGGCAAAGAGGAAUAUCAUCUACUUUUGGAAUACGUUCGAGAAUGGAAUACAAAGCCAAAGCUCUGCCAUAUUGCUCAAUUUGUGCUUUUUCGGGUUUUCAACAUGCUUCCUCCAAAAGAGAUUAUCGAGAUACGAGGCAUUGGAGAACUCCUUGAAGGUCUUAUCCCAUAUUGUCAGAGGCAUUUCAGUAGGAUAG